AUGCGGGCGACCCAUCCUGGUCCUGCUGCCAACUUCUUCGUUAGCACCAGCAAUCCCUCUGGUCUUCGCUCCAAAGAGCCGUUUUACUCCGAUUGGGGGUUUGGAGUUCACUGCUUUUCGGAGACCCAGCUCUCGGCUGUUAGACUCCCAAGCAGCCGCCGGCAGUUUCAGGCAUGUGCCAAAGCUGUCAACCGACAGGCCCGUGUGACUUCUGGUGCCCCUGCGGCGCUUCGGGUGAAUAGUGAUUGGGCUGGCACCUGGACGGGGGUGCUUCAGGUUGGGGAUCUACCCUGUAGCACCUUCAACGUGGCUUGGCCUCCUGGACUUUUCGAGACCGGGCGGGUCAUGAUCAGCCGGCACUUUCAUGAAUCUUUGUCUGUCAUGAUUGCAACAGUUUACGGCUAUCCUCAGGGCCCCACUUGGCCAGAUGCACUCUCUCGUACUGACACCCUCUUGGGUACGUUGACGCGCGAGGUUGUUCUCGGCUCCAAGGGUUUUCGGGUUAUCUGUGGCGACUUCAAUCAUGAUACCGGCAGCCUGCACCAGUGCCAAAUCUGGAAGUCACACGGCUGGAUCGAGGCGCAAGACCUCGCUUUUCAAUGUUGGGGCAUAAUCCCUCAGCCAACAUGCAAGAAUGCCACGCAGCGCGACUUCAUCUGGCUCUCCCCUGAGGCGGCAUCUUACUGUGUUCAGGUUCAGCUUUUUGAGGUCUUUCAGGAGCAUUCUACACUAAUCGCCGGGUUUGCUCUCCCGUGCCACGCCGUUGUUGAGCAAUCCUGGCCGCUCCCUGCUGAGCUACCCUGGGCUGAUAUUGAUGUUGGUGCCUGGCACCAGCUUGUGGGAUUUCAGCCAGUGCUCGCGUCAAGCCCCAGCGUUCCGCCUGUCCCUCUCGCCCUUUGCGGCCCAGUCGUCCUGGUGAGGAUCUUCUACGUCACGAUGGCCUCGGCGCCGAAGUGCGAGCUUCGCGAUCCUGCCCCUGAACAGGUCGAUACGCUCCAGGUUACCCGGGACUACGCCAUUUUGGCCACUGAUGUUCCCAGUGCACAACUUCAUGUUGAGCGCCCGCUGGAUUUGCGUGGCCAUUCUACCUGGGCCGUUGACGGUGUCUCCGUCUCGAUCCAUUCUGCUGAAGCUGAUACGUGCACUCUUGCAUGUGCCGUCGCUGAGUCAGGACAGGAACUUGAGCAAGUACAGGUUCUCUCUUCCGUCCCUGACUUACACGAUGAAUUCAUCUCUUUGUGGGCACCUCGCUGGCAACAACACGCCAACGCUUCCCCCUCUGACUGGCAGCGCUUCCUUGACUUCGCGGCUGCCUACCUCCCGCGCCACAGCUUUGAGCUGCCGGACAUUGAUGUUUCAACAUGGACCAAGGCCCUCAGGCGUUUUCGCCCCCGUGCUGCCCGUGGCCCUGACGGCUGGGCACGCGACGACUUGCUGAGCCUUCCCCCCGCCCGCACGGCUGAGUUGCUCAGUUUUCUGCGUUCUUUGGAGCUCGAUGGCCGGCCAUGGCCCAAGCAGCUGGUGAUCGGCUUUGUGUGCCUCCUUAAUAAGGGGAACGGGCGCCUUGAUGCAAAUGGCUUUCGCCCUAUCUGCCUCUUUUCUAUCAUUUACCGCACUUGGGCCGGCAUACGGGCCCGCCAGGUUCUCGCCGCCUUGCGCUCCAUCGUUCCUGAUGGCCUUUUCGGCUUUGUGCCUGGCCGAGAGGCCACCGAGCUUUGGUACUCGGUUCAGCUCGAAGUCGAGCUCAGCAUCCUGGGUGGCACCCGCCUCUUGGGUCUGUCCACUGACGUCGUCAAGGCCUUCAAUUGCUUGCCGCGUGCUCCGCUGCUUUCGUUGGCAGCGCAACUCGGCUGUCCACGUCGGCUCCUUGGCCCCUGGAGCUCUUUCCUGGAGGUCACUGAACGGCGGUUUAUGAUUCGCCAACAGGUCAGCAAGGCUGUGCUCUCGACCUCUGGCUUCCCCGAAGGCUGCCCACUCAGCCCGGUUGCCAUGGUUUUCGCUGACUGGGCUUACCAUGUUUACAUCCAGGCUUUUGCUCCGGCUGUACGGGCCUUCAGCUUUGUUGACAACUUUGCGUGCACGGCAUUUUCGGCGGCUGCUCUGUUGCAUGCCUACAACUUGGUUCGAUGCUUCAUGGACUUGCUGCGGCUGCAGCUGGAUGCUGCCCAAACCUUCGCUUGGGCCACUGUGGCAGCUGAUCGUGGCGUUCUGGCCACUGCGGGGUUUAAGGUUCUCCAGACAGCCCGUGAGUUGGGUGGAGUGAUGUCCUUCGGUCCUAGUGUGCGCAACUCCGCUUUGCGUGAGCGGUGCAAGCUGUUGAAUCCGCUCUGGAAGAAGCUGCAACGCUCCCGAGCGCCGUGCUCCUUGAAACUUUCUGUCCUGCCCAAGAAGCUUUGGGCGAAGGCGCUCCAUGGUAUCUCUGGCACGCCUCUGGCUGAGUCUGUUGUGCACAGUUUGCGUACUUCCGCUACCUCCAGUUUGCGCAUCCGCCCUGGCGGCAGCAGUUCAUUGCUGCGACUCAGCACCGCCCCUCUUAUGACUGCUGAUCCGGGCUUUUAUCAGCUGCUCUGUUGUGUCCUUGACGCUCGGCGCAUGGCCCACAAAGUGCCCAACUUUCUUUCCCUUUGGCGCCACUUUUCGAGCCUCCGUGAUGGUCGCCAACUGCAUGGACCACUGUCCAAACUGACCUCCGUCCUGGCACAAGUUGGCUGGGCGGUACAGCUGCCGCCGUGGGUCAUGGACCAUCAUGGUAUUGUCCACAACCUCCUUGACCUACCAGGGCCUUUGCUACGCCGACUGCUUGAGCAGGCAUGGCUUGGGUUUGUCGCUUGUCAGCAUUCCCACCGCAAGACCAUGUCCAACCUUUGUGGUAUCGACCUUGCACUGCUGCGUGCCACUCAAUUGGCCCUCGGGGCCUUGGACGCAGCUCGCCUUGCAGCCAUUCAGUCCGGUGCUUUUUGGUGUGGACAACAGCAAGCCCGUUUUGACAUGGGCCAAACAGGACUCUGCCCUCUUUGCCAGGUAGAGGAUUCUGUCGAGCACCGUCUGCGACAUUGCCCUCGAUACGCAGCCGCUCGGGUCGAGCACGCGUGGGUUUUGGACAUGUGGGAUGAGCUGCCAGUCUCUGUCACCCACCACCUUUUGCCUCCGGCUAACCCGCAUUUGCCGGCGCUGCACCGACUUCUGCAAGAUGGUCUCGACACUACGGGUCAGUUUUUCUGUAAGGGUUCUGGAAGUGGUUGGCAAUGUCUUUUCACAGAUGGAUCAUGCCACACCUCUCGCAGUGCUGAUCUUGCUUUAGCAGGCUGGGGGGUCAUUCUGGCCAACACGGGCCAGGCUGUCGCUUGCGGCACGGUCCCCGGGCUUUUGCAGACGGCCCCUCGUGCCGAGAUCUUGGCUCUCACCGCAGCUGCGCGCUGGGCCUUGGCCACCGGCUUACCUUGCCUUGUCUGGACCGAUGCAGCCAACGUUUGCGCCGGUGUGGCUAUGAUCCUGGACUCCGGGUGUGUCCCUGGUACGGCUGAUAACGACUUAUGGUCGCGACUUGCCGGGUUCCUCAAGCAGCUGAAUCCAAGACGCUUCCUGGUGCGGCACACGCCCUCUCAUCUGGAUACCGGGCUCACUGAAAGCCCGACCGAGGAUUGGUUGGCGAUUCACAACAAUCACGCCGAUGUGCUGGCAGGCAUCGCUAACUCCAACCGCCCGCAGACUUUCCUUGAGGUGCAUGGUCGGGCCGUUCGCUAUCAUGAUACUACCUUGCGCGCCUUGGUUGCUCUGAGGGCUAUUUUCUUCGGGAUUGCAGAUCUUCAACAGAAUGGGGACAUUGGGUCAGCGACUCCAGAGGGUGAGGAUGAGGAACCAUGGAUCCUUCCUAGUGGAGCAGUUCCUCGCCGGAUCGACCUCGAAGACACAUUGCCUGUGAACUGGCGCCAGACAGCUGCUGCCUCUGCUUCCGAUUUACCCUGCAGCUUUAUUCUUCAGCUGUGUGAGUUCGUUUGGCAGCUUGAUGCUGAAGCUGAGCAUGCUUACAAACUGUCGUGGCUUGAGCUGGUUUUCGUUCUGCACUGUAGCAAUCGAUAUUUGUAUCCGGCCUGCAAUCAUAUGGGCCAAUGGGUGGAAGCUUCAACUUUGGUUUUUCCGCCGCCAGCGCACACAGUCGCUGCCCGGCUUACUUUAGUCCGGCGGGCGUUACGCCCAGCUCUGCGUAGCCUUGGAUUCGACUGCUUGUUCAUCCAGGGUGUUGAUCUUUCGGAUUUGGGUGUUCGGUUUUCUCUUGAUGGCAUUGUCAUCGGGGUUGACACGUCUUUGCUUUUACGGGCGCGCACGAGCCUCGGUCGCUUUGUACAGGGCAGAGCGGGGACCAGAUCCACGCUAGCGCGGCCGCUUUAG